CCCAAGGCCACCAUGGAGCGGGACGGCUGCUCUGGGGGCGGGAGCCAAGGAGGCGGCGUCGGCAAGGGCGGGCACGUCUCCCGGGAGGGCCCGGCGGGCAACGGCCGCGACCCGAGUCAUGGCCAAGCCGCCGGGACGCCUGGGGACCCGCAGGCGGCCGCGUCCUUGCUGGCGCCCAUGGACCUGGGGGAGGAGCCCCUGGAGAAGGCGGCGCGCGGCCGCACGGCCAAGGACCCCAACACCUACAAAGUGCUCUCGCUGGUAUUAUCGGUAUGUGUGUUAACAACAAUUCUUGGUUGUAUAUUUGGACUGAAACCAAGCUGUGCCAAAGAAGUAAAAAGUUGCAAAGGCCGAUGUUUUGAGAGAACUUUCGGGAACUGUCGCUGUGAUGUGGCUUGUGUUGACCUUGGAAACUGCUGUCUGGAUUACCAGGAGACGUGUAUAGAACCAGAACGCAUAUGGACCUGCAACAAGUUUAGGUGCGGAGAGAAAAGGCUGUCCAGAAGCCUCUGUGCCUGCUCUGAUGACUGUAAGGAGCGGGGUGACUGCUGCAUCAACUACAGUGCUGUGUGUCAAGGUGAGAAAAGCUGGGUAGAAGAGACGUGUGAGAGCAUUGAUGAACCUCAGUGUCCCGAAGGAUUUGAAGUGCCUCCUACCCUCUUGUUUUCUUUGGAUGGAUUCAGGGCAGAAUAUUUACACACUUGGGGUGGACUUCUUCCUGUUAUUAGCAAACUAAAAAAAUGUGGAACAUAUACUAAAAACAUGAGACCAGUAUAUCCAACGAAAACCUUUCCCAAUCACUACAGCAUUGUCACAGGACUUUACCCAGAAUCCCAUGGUAUAAUUGACAAUAAGAUGUAUGAUCCCAAAAUGAAUGCAUCCUUUUCACUAAAAAGUAAAGAGAAAUUUAAUCCCGAGUGGUACAAAGGAGAACCUAUUUGGCUCACGGCAAAGUAUCAAGGCCUCCGGUCCGGCACUUUCUUUUGGCCAGGGUCAGAUGUGAAAAUUAAUGGAAUACUCCCAGACAUCUACAAAAUGUAUAAUGGUUCAGUACCAUUUGAAGAAAGAAUUUUAGCUGUUCUUCGGUGGUUACAGCUUCCUCAAGAUGAAAGACCACACUUUUACACUCUGUAUUUAGAAGAACCAGAUUCUUCAGGUCAUUCAUAUGGACCAGUCAGCAGUGAAGUCAUCAAGGCCCUGCAGAGGGUUGAUAAUAUGGUGGGCAUGCUGAUGGAUGGCCUGAAAGAGCUGAACUUGCAUCAAUGCCUCAACCUUAUCCUCGUUUCAGAUCAUGGCAUGGAGCAAGGCAGUUGUAAGAAAUAUGUAUAUCUGAAUAAAUAUUUGGGGGAUACAAAAAAUAUUAAGGUUGUCUAUGGACCUGCAGCUCGGUUGAGACCAUCUGAUGUUCCAGAUAAAUAUUAUUCAUUUAAUUAUGAAAGUGUCGCCAGGAAUCUUUCUUGCCGGGAACCAAAUCAGCACUUCAAACCUUACCUGAAACACUUCUUACCUAAGCGUUUGCAUUUUGCCAAAAGUGACAGAAUUGAACCUCUAACAUUCUAUUUGGACUCUCAAUGGCAGCUGGCACUGAAUCCCUCAGAAAGAAAAUACUGUGGAAGUGGUUUUCAUGGCUCUGACAAUGUGUUUUCAAAUAUGCAAGCCCUCUUUGUUGGAUAUGGACCUGCAUUCCAGCAUGGCAUUGAGGUUGACUCGUUUGAAAAUAUUGAAGUCUAUAACUUAAUGUGUGAUUUACUGAAUUUGACCCCAGCCCCUAAUAAUGGGACUCAUGGAAGUCUUAACCACCUCCUCAAGAAUCCUGUUUAUACCCCAAAACAUCCCAAAGAAGUUCAGCCCUUGGUCCAGUGUCCUUUCACAGGAUCGUCCACAGAUAGCCUUGGCUGCUCGUGCAACCACUCGAUUAUGCCAAUUGUGGAUUUUCAAGCCCAGCUUAAUCUGACCACAGCAGAAGAGAAGAGUAUCAUUCGUGCAAGUUUACCCUAUGGCAGACCCAGGGUUCUUCAGAAAAAAACCAGUGUCUGUCUGCUUUACCAGCACCAGUUUGUGAGUGGAUACAGCCACGAUAUCCUCAUGCCUCUUUGGACCUCGUACACCGUCAGCAGAAAUGACAGUUUCUCUACGAAAGACUUUUCCAAUUGUCUCUACCAGGAUCUUCGGAUUUCUCUCAGUCCUGUCCAUAACUGUUCAUUGUAUAAAAAUAAUGCUAAGCUGAGUUAUGGGUUCCUGUCCCCACCACAACUAAAUAAAGAUUCAAGUCAAAUAUAUUCUGAAGCUUUGCUUACCUCUAAUAUAGUUCCAAUGUACCAGAGCUUUCAAGUGAUAUGGCGCUACCUUCAUGACACUCUCUUGAGGAGGUAUGCUGAGGAGAGGAAUGGCGUCAAUGUGGUCAGCGGGCCCGUGUUUGACUCUGAUUAUGAUGGACGUUAUGAUUCCGCUGAGGCUUUAAGGAAAAACAGCAGAAUAAUACGUAAUCAAGAAAUCCUGAUUCCAACUCACUUCUUCAUUGUGAUAACAAGUUGUAAGGACACGUCCCAGACUCCACUGCAGUGUGACAGCUUGGAUCCCCUAGCGUUCAUCGUGCCCCACAGGCCUGAUAACAGUGAGAGCUGUGUGCAUGGGAAGCGUGACUCCUCCUGGGUUGAAGAGUUGCUGAUGAUGCACAGAGCUCGGAUCGUGGAUGUUGAACAUAUCACUGGACUCAGCUUCUAUCAAGAAAGAAAAGAGCCAGUUUCAGACAUUUUAAAACUGAAAACACAUUUGCCAACCAUCAGCCAAGAAGACUGAAACUUUUUUUGUUACUCCAAAAACAUACUGUAAAUCGUUUUAAAAGAACUUUCUAUUUUAUACAGUCCUCUGUCCACACUAUUGCAUUGCUUGGAAACUGUUACCAUCCUUAAGACCGGGAGCUCUCUGUGAUAUGACACCUCAGGGAAACUUGUGACUCAAUACCGCAAUAGGAGAAUGUUACUACUGGGUCUCACACAUAUUUGAAUGCGUUGUUCAAGUUCUGGGGAAUAAAGACAGAGCGUACCAAAACUGCUUUUCUACUUCUCAAAAGGGAGAAGCAGCCAUGAACAUCAUCCGGACACUGGAUAUUUGGAUAUUGUUGGUAAUAAGUCUUUGUGGUGUUGAGAAACAUUAGGCUAAUUAAUAGAAUUAAAAUAGUUCAUGGAGUUAGUGUCUUAUAAGAAAAUGAUGUUUUAUUUACCUAUUUUACUUUUAAUAAUGAUGGAAAAGACAAGAAGAAAGAAAGGUAAAGGAGACUUAAAUAUACUAGACUCUUGUUUUACCUUCUUUAUAUAUUCCCUCAAAACCAAAUUAUUACUCCUAUGUAACUUUUUAAAACUGUGAUUGGAUUUUUCUAGUUUUAAUAUCUCUGAAGAGUUAAA